AUUUGAACAAAACAAAGCUACAAAAUUGUUGUUAUUACUCACUGUGAAUUGUGGACAGAGCCAAGUUUAAUUUCUACAAAAUUCAGUAACAUAAAAAUAUUGACCUUUGGUAUCGCAUAUAUUAAAAUUUAUAUGCAUAAAUUUUCUUUAUCAACAUUGUGCCAAUUUUAACGCAAUUCAUUUUCUUGUAGUCCAAAAUUUUACUUUAUACUACUAACAGUAAAAAUAAAUUUUAAUUAAAUCAUUACAAUGGUAUUGAAACUGUAUUACGAUCUACUUUCCCAGCCUUCUCGAUCACUUUACAUUUUACUUAAAUUGUCCAAAAUCCCAUUUGAACAAUGUUUAGUGAGCUUAGCUAAAGGUGAGCAAUUGACUAAGGAAUUCGCUGAAACAAAAUCUAUAUUUCAAAAAAUCCCAUUUAUUCACGAUGGAGAUUUUCGAUUAAAUGAAAGUGUCGCUAUUGUAAGAUAUUUGUCCAGACAAUACACUCUAGAUGAUAAAUGGUACCCUAAAGAAAGUAAAAAACAAGCAAAAGCAGAUGAGUUUUUAGAAUGGAAUCAUUCAAAUGUCAGAUUGAAUUGUUCCACUUAUUUUAUUGUAAAGUGGAGGAAUCCUCUGAUAUCUGGCAAACAACCUUCAGAAGAUCGAAUUAAAUCCCUAACAAAAUACAUGGAAAAAUCUCUAACAGAUUUCGAAAAUAUAUUUUUAACAAACGGCCCUUACAUACUCGGUGAUAAUCUCUCAUAUGUCGAUAUCCACGCAGCUUGCGAAAUCGAACAAACGAGAGUUGCUGGAUAUGACGCCAGAAAUUACUCUCCUAAGAUCAAAAAUUGGAUCGAGCAUGUCCGAUCAGAGUGUAAUCCUGUAUACGAUGAGGCUCACAAAUUUAUUAACAAAUUAGCUUCGAUGCAUGGAGAAGAAAACAAAUCGAAACUCUAAUAUUUUAAAUCACCUAGCGAAUACUUGGGAAUAUUUUUGUAGUAACUUGUGUUAAAUAAAGGU